GGUAAUGUUACAACGAGGGCCGGGCUGUCCCACUUAGCGUUGUCAUGAUGCAGAUAAAAGCUGACUUGAGGCCCAGGUGGAGUCGUUGUGGUGAAGAUGAUGAAGAACGUGGCUCUGUUCGCAGCUCUGCUGGCCCUGGUAUAUGUGUGUGAGGGGGUGACCUUUGGCCAGCUAUGCCAGGGGAAUCCCUUCAACACCCAGAGAACAUCAGACAUUUUUGGUCAAGGCCACUACGGGGCACCACGUUCGGGGAGGCCUCACCAAGGUUUGGACAUCACUUGUGAGGACGGUUCGGAGGUCUACGCUCCAUUUGAUCUCACUAUCAAUAGGGGACUCACUGUGUACACCGACUCCACGAAGGCGGCCAUCAACAAAGGUCUUGAAAUCCAGGGCGAAGAUCUUUGCGUCAUGCUCUUCUAUGUGGACCCGGACAAGACUUCAGGACAAGUGAGCAAGGGCCAGCGUCUGGGCAUCCUGAUGCCCAUGCAGAGUGUCUACCCGGGAAUCACCUCGCAUGUGCAUGUGCAGUUGUGCGACAGGAGCGACCCCACAAGAUACUUCUGAGGAUCGGAGCGCGGGCAGUUCCAUGACCUUAAAUGGCACAUUAAGUGAUUUUGAAAACAUGAUC